UUGACCUAGAUUGCUGAAUUCCUGUCGAAAUUUUACUCAUAUUUUUUUCACAGAAAAGACCGGAAGAACUGUCAAAAUGUUAUAUUUAGAGGAUUAUUUAGAAAUGAUUGAGAAUUUGCCAAUGGAAAUGAGAGAAAGACUUACAGAAAUGAGAGAAAUGGAUUUACAAGUUCAAAAUGCUCUUGAUGAAUUAGAUGAACGAGUCAAAUCAUUUUUCAAGAAAUGUACACAGCCAAAUGCAAAACAGGAGUGGAAAGAUGAACAGUUUGAGAAAAUAAAAAAGGACUAUUACAAAUCUUUAGAAGAUGCAGAUGAAAAAGUUCAUUUAGCAACUCAUAUAUAUGAUCUUGUUGACAGACAUUUAAGAAAAUUAGAUCAAGAAUUAUCAAAAUUUAAAAUGGAACUUGAAGCUGAUAAUGCAGGAAUUACUGAAGUUUUAGAAAAAAGGUCACUAGAGCUAGAUAAACCUCCAUCUAUCAAUAAUCAUAGAACAGAAAAGAGAAGAAUUCUGCAUUCUCAGCCUGUAAUGAACAAUCACUCAUCAGAAAAGAGAAUAGCUACAGAAAAAGUAUUAUCAUCUUUGGCCCAUGAGGCUGCAUUGGAGGCUAUAGGUCAGCGUAAACCACAAUCCAAUUCUAACUCCCCAGCAUUAUCAAUGUUUAACUCAACAUCAGUACCAUCAUUAACUUACAGUCUAGGUCAUGUGGGAGCAGGAAGUAAUGCUGCCAUUGCAGCUGCAGCAUCCCAGGCAAUAGCAGCAACACAACAGUCUCUAUCUUCACAGGAUUUCAUCUCUAGCGGCAUAACUAUUGAAACUAAAACUAAUACUAGGCGUGCUGACCAAAGCAAUAGAAUCAAGCUACAGCAUGGUAGACGCACACCAAGUAUGAAAGCUAGUUUAAUGGCCAUGUCAGAAUUAAGUAAAGAACUAACUAUACCGAAAGAUGUUUAUAGUUCAGCACCUUCAACUCCUACAGCAAGUCAUGAACCCAAAAUAUCCAGAUCAAAAAAACAAACUACCAAGGCAGCUCAACUCUCUCAGUCACAACAACAGUCCUCUUCACCUGCCAUUGUCUCGGCAGCACAGUCAUUACUGUCACAGAAACAACCUCUCACACCACAAACACCUGCUACUCCUGCUGAAGCCUCACCUCUAAUACGAGAAGAUGCCAACUCAGAUUUACAGAUUGUUGAUGAACAUGGACAGCCAAUAGACUGGCAAAAUGAUCCAAAUGAACCAAGAUAUUGUCUGUGUAACCAGGUGUCUUAUGGUGAUAUGGUUGGCUGUGAUAACGAUGAUUGUCCUAUAGAAUGGUUCCAUUAUGGUUGUGUUGGUCUUACUCAGGCACCAAAAGGAAAAUGGUACUGUCCUCAAUGUACAGCAGCAAUGAAGAGACGUGGUCGAAAAUAACAGUAGAUCUGUUGUGUUGUGCAUGUGUUGCUUAUGAAUUUAUAAACAGUAAUGGUCUGGGUUUUUUUCACAGACUUGUGUGAAUGGGACUUUGUUGUAAUAAAAUACAGUUGUUUGAAUGUUUUAUAAACGUACCUCAGUCUAUAUAAAAAGCUGUUUUGUAUUUGUUAACUAUCACUUUAUGCUAACUUUCUCAGUCUUAAAUAUUCUCUACGAUAAAGUCUUAGAUUCCAUAGAAUACUAUAUAUCAUGUUCAGGAGGGUUAUUUUGUGUAUCAUACCAGUCUUUAAGAUAAUUUUACCUUCUCACCAUGUAUAGUUUGCAAAUAUGCCUUCUGAGAAUGAUAUUUCUGUUCAGUAAAGGCUGUUGCUCAUAUUUAAUUUUAUCAGAAAACUAUAUUGUAAAUGGCAUUUAUAAUCAAAACUAAGGAUAGGUUCUAUUUUUUUUUAGUUCAAAAUUAGCAUACUGUGGAUUCAUUAUUAUUCGUUGGAUACCAAUUUUCGUGGGUUUCGUGGUUACAGGUGAACCAAUCCUCGAAAAUUGAUACCCACAAAAAUAAAUGAAUCCACAGUAUUAAUUUUUAAAUGAUUGCUGAAUUUUAUGGACUUUGCAAUUAAAGGAGCCUAAUAAUACCUCCUAUCCUACCUCUUCUUUCAAUAUGUAACUUUUAGGUCAGUGUUGGUCCAUAUUCAUACACCCAUUUUCGUCAAUUCUCAGUUUUCCUCUGCAUUGAUAAAAAGUGAUAUAAAAGAAACUACGGUAGGAGGAUUCAAGACAAUGUGCUGUUUUUUUACCAAAAGGACAAACAUUCAAAGUACUAGUCUUACAGAAAACUUAAAUCUAUUGUCAACAUUUGAUCUUUUCUCUUGUCAAAUCAGAAAGGAAGAAAAAAGAAUGCUACAAUUUACUGUUGAUUUUUCAGUCAAAAGUAUGAGUGAGAACCAGCAAACUAUCAUACUAACCCUCUCAUCCAAAUAAUUCUGAUUAGAUAUAUUGUUUGGUUCUAACUAGUUACAAAAUUAAAACAGAUUAAAGAGUAAAGACAUGUAUACUUCUGACUCCAUCAAAACUACUUGGACCCUACUACCAAAUAUAUAACAUUUAUAUAAUACCACAAAGAAAAAUUACAGAAAGGUAGAACAUAUGUAAAAAAGAUAUUUUUUAAAUGUUUAGUUUUAUAUCUGUAUGUGUGGUUUAGCUUGUGAAUGACUGGAUAAAUUACCAGAUAACAUAUAUAUACUGAUGCAACUAAUGUAAUAUAUAAAUGAAUGUGUGAUAUUGUUAUCAAUAUAAAAGUGCUCAAAGA